AUGGAAGCACUGCCACAGGCCAGUUUGUUAGCUUUUGCGUCGGCUAGCAGGGUAUGCCGCGCUGCGGCUAGGCGAGAGCGCUUUUCCCGAGUGUCAAUCAAUAUAGACGGUGCAGAAUUCGAUGAAAGAUUCGGACGAUUAGAAUGUAUAUUGGACGAAGCGAACAGUCGUACCUGUAUUAGGGUUCUGGAGCUCGGGAUAGGUGCAGACGACCAUACCAAGCGCGAGGAUGACAAGAAUAGUGCGUUGCAUGCCUCAUGGACGAAACUUGCCCCCGACUUCUACCCGGCACCUCCGCUUCAAGCGUGGAAAUCAAGGACUCAGCGUCGACCCGAGGAACACUGGCAACGCCUUGCGAAAUUCAUCUCAGGUCUCCAUCUCAAAGACCUUAUAUGGGCGUCGAUGGAGCAGUUACCUUGUUGUAUUCUCGCUGUGUUGAAUGAGCAAAUGCCGGGUUGUCGGCUUCACGUCCAUGGACUCGAUUUCCACAGCCUUCACCAGCAGGAUGUCCUUCAGGAUAUUGAAGACACCGAUUACAUGCUAGCGACCUCUUCGUGCUUGUAUAGUAUCAGUGUUCUCUACUCCAGGUAUGAUGAGAGUGGUUGCGCGAACUACAACGGCGAGGCCACAUUGCAGUUGUCGGCUGGACUAGCACCCAACCUAAAGCAUGUCUGUAUGUGGGAAAAGACAAUAAUGUCAUCUGGAGAAAUUAUACGACAGAGGCCCACGCGACCCCAAUGGCGGGGUUUUCGUCCUCAGUCAGACAGCGAAUGGCGCGAGGUGCCCGAAACCAAAGGUCAAAUACAGGAUCUUGCUAUCCACGCCCUGCGUGAGGUUUCCGGAUUUGAACUAGCCGCUUGGGAGUGCCACAAUGACUUUUCUGUUCUGCGAUCUCUCCAGCUUGGAAGACAGAUGGAGUUGGAUGUUGUUAAGAAAUUGGCUGAUCUUGCAGAACAAGACGGGCUCCCGCGAUUGAGAUGCCUGAGUCUACUAGCCAUCUCCGGUGAAUACGAAGAACACGUUGAUGCUGAAUCGAUAAUGACACGGCUUUGCACAUCACUGCACCCUUUGGCUGAGCUGGGGAUUGUUGGGCCCGGAAGCAUGAGCUUCGAAGCAAUACUUCAACGCCACGGCGAUGAUCUACAAGUGCUCUGUAUCGAUGACUUUGUUCUGUCAGUACACCAGGUUAUCCAGCUGAGAGACUCAUGCCCAGGAAUCAGAAAGCUGAGCAUUGAGAUGCUACGCUCUGCAGGUGAUGGUGUCGAGGUUCGAAUAUACCAGACUCUCGGCUCUAUGCGAUACCUGGAAAGCUUGUCACUAAUGCUUAAAUGCACUGGCUACCGUGAGGAUGACGGGCCAGAUGCCCCUUGCAUCCUUAUGUCGCCUUCGAACGAUGAAGAGGAUAAAGUAGCAAUGGCAAUCGCUAUGCGCCAAGUGUUGAUCAACGCUGCUGUAGAUGAGAGUCUCGCACAAUCCAUCUUUCAACAAAUGUUGGUAACUCAUGCCUCGGUCAAAGCUGGCCUACCUCCAAAGCUGGAUUUGAUACGUUUGCGGGUGGGCAGAGUACCGGUACUCAACGACCAGACGAUGAGUCCGGGUUUUCGAGGCAUUCUUGCAUGGAUAGGGAGAAGCUGGAUAUGCAGGCGCGACCCUCGAGACACACACCGAAACGAGGUUAGGAUUGAGGAAGUCGACAGUAACGCCAGGCUCUGCAAUGGCAAGCUGCUUGAAGACGAUAUAGAUGAAUUGAUGGGAAGCGAACAGUUUGCAGAUAUUUGGAAAUCCCUGUGGCCAGAGACAAGCGCAGGGUGGAAAGAAGAUUGGCGGAGUAAUCCGCUUGCUGGUGCAAUAGACUAA